AUGUUCGACAUCUUGCCCAACCUUCUCUCGUACGUCAAGUCCUCCCUACACAGCUUUGCGCUGGGCAGCGAGCUUGUCUCUGUCGCCUCCUUCCUCUUUCCUGUUUACGCCAGUUACAAAGCUCUCAAGAGUUCAGAUCCCGCCCAGUUGACACCAUGGCUCAUGUACUGGGUCGUCAUAUCCUUCAUUGUCCUCGUUGAGUCGUGGAUUGGUUGGUUCCUGGUGUGGAUCCCCUUCUACGCCUCCAUCCGCUUCUUCUUCCUCCUCUACCUAGUCCUCCCCCAAACUCAGGGCGCCCGCGUCAUCUACCAGACCCACAUCGACCCCUGGCUGGAGGCCAACGAAGGCGAAAUCGAGGCUUUCAUCGCCUCAGCGCACGAGCGUCUCAAGGCCGCCGGCCUCGCGUACCUCAAGCAAGCCAUCGAAUACGUCAAGACCCAAGUCCUCGGCAUGCCCCCUUCGCCGCCCGAGCCCGCCUCAGCCUCCUACGGCGGCGGCGCUGGCGCCUCCCAGACCGCGCAGGGCUACACCCAAUCCCUCCUCGCCCGGUUCAACCUGCCGGCUGCUCGCCCGGGUGGCGCUAACAACGCCGCGGGCGGCGCCCUCGGCACCGACUUCUACAGCUUCCUGUCCUCGGCCGUCAGCGCCGCUAGCGCUGCUUACUCCAACAAGGGCUCCAGCAACCAAUUCGACCGCGAUGUGACCCCCACACCGGGCACCGGUGCCGGAGGCGCUUCCAGCCUCAUCCCCGACAGCAUCCGCGGCGUGGGCGCCCGCAAGGCUUUCAUCGAAGCACAGCGCGAGCGUCUUAACACGGUUCUUAACGCACUCGACCGCGAGGCUUCUCAGCUCCAGAACAACCAGCAGCAGAGCGGUGUGCCGGGCUUCAGCUUCGACGGCGCCGAUGUUGGACUCACUUCGGGUGGUGGUGGCAACCCUUGGCAGGGUUCAAGCUCCCGCAGCGGUAGGAAUUCGCGCUCCAUGAGCGAGCACAGCAGUGUGAGUGGGGGCGGGCUGAGCCGCAACCGGUCCGAGGUGGACUUUGAGAAGCUCGAGGCCGAGAGCGGCGAGGAGGAGAUUAUGGAUGAUAAUGGCAGGAGGGUGAGGCAUAGGCCGGCGCCGAAUACCCAGGGAAGCAGUGGUUGGUUUGGUUGGGGCGCUGGUGACUCGGGUGAUACUGCUGGUAAGAGCACCGGGGUUGAAAAGUAG